AUGUCCCGCUUGUCCCGGUACUGGUGGCUGUUCGCUGCCAUGCUGGAGGACGAGGAGGAGGAGGUGUGUGAGGUUGCCCAGGCAGUUGUCCAAGUUACACGAGUUGGUGUGGCGCGUCGAGUGCUAACAUACCCGAGUCGAGAGUUUCGGGACAGAAUCAUCUUUCGAGAUGGGUUUGAGAAGGACUUUCGAAUGUCUCGAACCCGAUUUGAAGAGCUUAUGCAAAGGAUUGGACCGCAUCUCCCGACACGGCGCAGGGCACAGAUCUGCGACCGAACAUUUGUCGCGGCCGUCAUUCACUUCCUGGCGCAUGGCAAGACGACCAUCAACAUCGAGCGUGAAUGUGGCAUUUCAUCAACGCACUUUAACGACAUGCUUCCUGAGUUCCUGUUCGCGAUUGUGAAAGGCCUUGCUGGUGUCAUCCGCAUACCAGAGGGUCCCGAACUUGAGGAGGAGCUAGAUGCCUGGGCCAGCGAGGAUCCAUGGCUGAAAGGUUGCAUGUGCGCAGGUGACGGAACCCAUGUCUACUUCAUUCUGAGAGGACCCCAAGACACCAAGACCCAAGAGACCCAAGACACCGCCGACCAAGAUGAGACCCCCAAGACCCAAGGACCCCAGGACACCACCGACCAAGAUGAGACCCCCAAGACCCAAGGACACCAAGACACCAAGACCCAAGAGACCCAAGACACCGACCUCAGCGACCAACCACCCUCCACGGACAACGCGACCAUCAACCUCGUGAGCGCCAGGCGGAUAGCCAAGGACCUGCGAGGGUCAGGAGUCGACGCAGCCUUCGUCCUUGUGCUCUCCAUGGACACCACACCGUCACCCAGUGAGGACCCACGCACCAACGCCUUAUUAGAGGAGUUCGCCGACGUGUUCCCCGAAGAGCUUCCAGGACUGCCGCCCCGCCGCGAUAUCGACCAUGCCAUCGACCUCAAGCCCGGAGCCACGCCCCCCUCCAAGGCACCCUACCGCCUGUCAACGGACGAAUUGAAGGAACUACGCACCCAACUCGACGAACUCCUCGCCAAAGGCCUCAUUGAGGCCAGCACAAGUCCUUACGGCGCCCCCAUCCUCUUCGUCAAGAAGAAGGAUGGGACCCGAAGGAUGUGCAUCGACUACCGACAGCUGAAUGCCCAGACAGUCAAGGACUCGUACCCUCUUCCCCUCAUCGAUGACAUCAUCGACAGUCUCUGCGACGCCCGCAUCUUCUCAACUCUCGACAUGCGCGCCGGUUAUCAUCAGGUGCGCAUCCGCGCCGGGGACGAGGACAAGACGACCUUUCGCACUCGCUACGGCACCUUCCGAUUCCUUGUGCUGCCCUUUGGCUUGACCAACGCACCCCCGACCUUCCAACGCCUCGUCAACAACGUCUUCAAGCAGGAAAUGGACAAGUUCAUGGCACCCUACAUCGACGACCUCGUCAUCUACUCCAAGAAUGAGAAAGACCAUGAGCAGCACCUCCGUCAGGUAUUGCAGAAGCUCCGCGACCAUCGACUGUACUGCAAGGGGAGCAAGUGUCACCUGUUCCAGACGGAGGUGGAGUUCCUAGGCUUCAUCUUCCACGACACUCCGACAGCGGGCCACCAAGGAAUUCACCGCACCCACGAGGCGCUAGCGCGCCACUUCUACUGGCCCCGGAUGCGGCGGGACGUGGAGCGCUAUGUGCGGAGCUGCAAAUCCUGCCAGCGCCACAAGCCGAGACAGGGCGCUGCCCCUGGUCCCCUGCAGCCCCUACCCGUUCCCCGAGAACCCUGGACCGAUAUCAGCCUCGACCUCGUCACCGGACUACCCAGGACCAGGACAGGACAGGACGCCAUCGUGGUCUUCGUCGACAGGCUGACUAAACGGUGUCACCUGGCGGCGACUACUAGCAAGUGCACGGGCCGAGACGUGGCCAAGCUGUUCAUCUCCCACGUGUUCCGACACCAUGGACUUCCUGCCAGAGUUGUGUCUGAUCGAGAUCCCCGUUUCACCGGCGCCUUCUGGAAGGAGACCUUCCGCUUGCUGGGGUCCCGACUUCAAUUCUCCACAUCGCAGCACCCGCAGACCGACGGCCAAACAGAAAGGACGAACCGCACCAUGGAGCAGACCCUCCGCCACUACGUCAACUACCGCAUGGACAACUGGGACUCACUCCUCCCCGUGGUAGAGUUCGCCCUUAACAACAGCAAGAGCGACUCCACGGGCCAGUCUCCGUUCUUCCUAGAGACGGGCCGACACCCGAUUAUCCCAGCUACACUCGUCACUCGCCAGGCCAUACGCCGCACGGACACACCUGCAGCCGAGGACUUCGUGGUGCGCCUCAAGAGCAUCAUCACCGCCGCAAGAGACGCCCUCGCCCAGGCACAGGACAAGCAGAAGAGGUACGCCGACCAGCGCCGCAGCGACGACAUCAAAUAUAGUCCCGGCGAUCAGGCAUGGGUCACCGCUGACCUCUUCGUCGACCAGGCCAACCAGCGACGACCCAAGGACAAGCUGAAGCCCCGCUGGCAAGGCCCCUUCACCGUCAUCGGCAUGCCUUCGCGCACUACCGUGCGACUCCGGUUCCCCAGCCACGUGCGGGCGCACCCGGUCGUCAACGUCACCAAGACCAAGCCGUGUGUCAACAACCCGUCAGACUUCAACGCACGCCCCAAUGACGAACCACCACCCCUGCCGGACGGCGAAUCAGACGAAUACGAGGUGGAACGCAUCCUCGACGAGCGAGUCCGACGCGGCAAGAGGCAGUACCUGAUCAAGUGGGCCGGCUACGACAUCAACGACAGCACCUGGAUCAACGAAGACCAGCUCACCCGCGACGUGCGUACACUGAUCAUGGAGUGGCAUCAGGCUUCGCGCAACGCAGCGGCUUGA